AUGGAUUUAUCAAUGAAAAGAAUGCCGGAGCAGGCAAUUGACAAUCAAACUUUUCCACAAGCUGAAAGAAAUAUUCAAGACCCCUCUUUAGUUGACGACGAAGAACGAUCUUUUUUUGUCGAGCAAUCACCGUUUGAAGAAGUAGCAGCUAAUGUAUCAAAUCAUGACGAUCCGACGAUGUCAUGUUUCACAUUUCGUUCAUGCCUUCUCGGUAUAUCUUUUACAUGCGUGCUAGCGUUUACCAAUCAGUUUUUUGCUUUUCGGACAUUACCUAUGAGUAUUGAACCUCUAUUGGUUCAAUUAUUAGCUUAUCCGUUUGGCAAAUUACUAGUUGUCAUCUUACCCACCAGACGAUUUCAUCCCUUUGGUACACGUUAUUCAUUUUCAUUCAAUCCCGGCCCAUUCACCAUAAAAGAACAUUGUCUUAUUACAACUAUGGCGAGUACAGCUAGUAACGUAGCUCAAGGUAUUUUCGUUUUGGCAGUUCAACGCAUCUUUUACAAGCAAGCAAUCACUCAUUGGACUGGUUUACUUUUUAUCUUAUCAUCGCAAAUUCUCGGUUUCGGUUUCGUUGGAAUUCUAAGAAGAUAUCUCAUUUGGCCUGCGUCAGUGGUUUGGCCGAGAACACUUAUCCAAUGUGCUUUAUUUCGAGCAAUGCAUGAAACGAAUUCUGCUGAUGAGACUUUAAAUACAUCUCAAUUGAGAACUUCUCGAUUUCGAUUUUUCUAUCUCGCACUCUUGUUUCAAACGUUAUGGUAUUGGAUACCUGGUUUUAUCUGCCCUGUUCUAUCGUAUUUUUCCUUAUUCUGUAUGAUUUUUCCUCAUAACGUCAUUAUUUCUCAAAUAACUGGUGCCAAUGGUCUUGGAUUGGGAACACUUGCGCUAGAUUGGAACUCAUUGGUGUCGUUUUUAGGUUCACCUAUCGCUGUACCAUUAUGGGCACAAAUUAACAUAAUGGUUGGUUUUGUUCUCUUAGUGUGGACUCUGACACCAAUCGCGUACUAUUCGAAUUGGUGGAAUGCGAAAACAUUUCCAAUUGCUUCCUAUCAAGUUUUUAACAAAGAAGGUUAUUUUUAUAAUGUUACCAAUAUACUCGAUUCUCAAUUAAAGUUUAAUGAAACAGCUUAUCAAAGUUAUGGACCAGUUUAUUUAUCGUUUCUAUUUGCAAUGAACUAUGGAGUACAUUUUACUGCCAUUACCGCUAUCUUGGUGCAUACUCUACUAUAUGAAGGUACAACACUUUAUCAACAAUAUCGAGCAUCUUUGACUAACAUCGGUGGUGAUAUUCAUGCGAAACUUAUGACACAAUAUAAUGAAGUACCAUCCUACUGGUAUACCAUUCUUUUUCUCGCUACAUUUGUUGUAUCAGCGAUUGUUUGUCAUCACGGUCAACUUAUGCCUUGGUACUUUUUAUUCGUCGCUGUGUUUCUUGUUCUAAUUUUUAUCCUACCCACAGGAAUGUUAUUAGCGACAUCAAGUAUGAGUUUCGGAAUCAAUGUUGUAUCUGAAUUUAUUGCUGGCAUUCUUAUUCCUGGCAAGCCCAUCGCUAAUAUAGUGUUUAAGGCUUAUGCAUAUGGAAGUCAAAUACAAGCGAUAUCUUUGCUUGAAAAUUUAAAAUACGGUCAUUAUAUGAAGAUUCCUCCUCGUACAAUGUUUUUAACUCAAAUUCUUGCAACCAUGAUCACUAGCUUGGUCAAUUAUAUAGUAGCUAUGUAUCUCAUCGAUCAUGUUCCGCAUAUCUGUACACCAAACAAUGUCGAAUGGAAAUGUCCAAAACCGACAACAUUCUAUUCGGCAUCGAUUAUUUGGGGUGUUAUUGGUCCAACUCGAAUGUUUGGCCCAUCGUCUCUGUAUUUCCCCCUUCUUUGUGGUUUUCCUCUCGGUGCAAUCCUACCGAUUCCAGCGUGGCUGUUAAUAAGAAAAUACCCAACUCAUCAAUGGCUCAAAUAUAUUCAUUUUCCUGUGUUACUGUGUGGUGUAGGUUUGAUACCAACAGCACCAGCUGGUGAAUACCUAACAUGGUUCAUCGUUGGUGCAUUUUUUAAUUUUGUACUUUUUCGUUAUGCACAUGCCUGGUGGAAACAGUAUGCGUUCUUAUUCUCAGCAGCGAUGAGUUGUGGCGUCGCCAUCUCUGGUAUUCUGAUCUUUUUCGUUUUUCAAAAUAACGAUAUACAUUUUCCAAAAUGGUGGGGAACAGGCGGUAUAACCGGUGACGGAUGUCCGUUAGCUAAUGGAAAUUUCUCGGGUGAUUUACCUAGUUAUAAACGUUUUGAUCUGUGA